AUGUUCUACAACUCUUUAUUUCCUUACAAGCCUUAUUUCUACUGGCUCAACCAAGACACAACACCAACUAGAAGCUUUACACAUCGAGAAUUCGGUUUUACGCUACCUUCUGAUAUUUAUAUUCGUUUCAAGUCUUUUAAUGGAAUUGAUGAUUUAAAGAAAGAGAUUGAAAGAAUUCAACCAACCAAGAUUCAUAUUGGUGCUAUUUAUUCUAUCAAGCCUAAUUUAAAGAAAACAGUCCCCGAAAAAGCAUUCAAACCUGUUGAAAAAGAAUUUGUGCUUGAUAUUGAUAUGACAGAUUAUGAUGAUAUAAGAACAUGUUGCAGUGGAGGGGAUAUAUGUCAUCUAUGUUGGGAGUUCAUGACUGUUGCUAUCAAGACAGUUCAUGCUGCUUUACAGGAAGACUUUGGAUACAAACACAUCCUGUGGGUCUACUCAGGCCGACGUGGCGUCCAUUGUUGGGUAUCGGAUGAAAGAGCAAGAAAGCUGUCGAAUGAAGGUCGAAAGGCUGUAAUUAAUUUCUUGAAUGUCGUGAAGGAUUCUGCGCAAAGAGCACGAAGGGUCAGGCUGAAUGCUUUGCAUCCAUCACUCAAACGAUCAUUUGAUAUAAUCAGUCAACACUUUGAUCAUCUCAUAUUAGAAAGCAUGGGUAUACUGAACACAGAGGAAGGAUGUCGCAGGGUGCUAGAUAUCAUUCCUGAUGGACAUGCAAAAGAAAAGACGGAAAAAAUGUGGCUGGAUCAUCCUGAAAGAUCAACAGCACAGGAGAAAUGGGAUUACAUGAAUGAGAUGGUUGAAAAGAUUGAAAGUAAGAAGCGAUUUAAAGAUAAUGUAGGUCGGGAUAUAAUGUUUCAAUAUACCUACCCUCGUCUUGAUGUCGGCGUAUCUACCAAUCUCAAUCACUUGCUCAAGAGUCCUUUCUGUGUGCAUCCCCAGACAUUGAAAGUAUGUGUGCCUAUUCCUAUAGAAGACUGCGAGAGCUUUGAUCCUCUGAGUGUGCCUACAUUAUCUUCACUUAAUGAUGAAAUUUAUGCAUACAACAAUAACCCGACUACAGAUAAAAAUGUAGCGGAUUAUAAAAAGACGUCUCUGGCGCCCUACAUUGAGUACUUUGACAAGUAUGCUAAAUCAAUCAUGUUGCAAACAAAAAGAGAAAAGCGAGAUGAAGAUAGUAUGGAAUUCUAA